AUGUGGCGCGAUAAGUGGGAUAUCAUCUCACCCCAAGCAUCACCAGGAUGGACACUAGCUACAACUUCUUUUUGUCGAGGAAUAAAGCUUCGUGCAUUAGGCUUAAGCUUAUUGAAGAAGUGUUUGGAGGUGGACCCGACGAAGUACAAGGAGGGAAGACGUCAGGCACAGUCCGCGCUUCACAGACAGUCAUCAUGGUAUAAGACGGAUGUAUCAGAACUACUAUCAGCCAAUCUAUGCGCCGCUGCACAAUGGAUAAUCUAUGCUAGAGGGUUGAUGUGGAAGGAUGAUCGACCCGACAGUUCUGAGUACAUUCAACAAGUUCUACCCGGUAUCCCUUACUAA